AAAUUUGAAAAGCAUCAGUUCAUCAUCUAGAUCGAUUUCUUAAACAUUUACAUGAUCCAGGGAGUCAAAAAGUAUACAUUUCCCUGGUGUUGAUUCGCUAUUUGGCUGUGACUGCAGCUGACCUUCGGAGUAUUGGCUAAUGAGAAGCCCCGGUGGUCACCCCACCACAAUUCACAAAUUUUGAGGACCGAAAACUUCAGAAGAACAACACCCCACCCUUUCAAAGUAGGUCUGCGACACAACGAUUUCGAGCCUAGUCAUCGAUUUCGACCAUCCCGAAACUCGCCCAAAAGUACCAGGCCGGGAAUCGCCUGGAUUCCAUUGCACGUUCGGUUCAUAGCAGCAUCGCCCAGGAUGUCUCGAUUCUUCACUGGUGGCGACACCUCGAGCGAGAGCAGCUCUGACGAGGAGGAGCUCUACUCGGAGGAGGAGGAGGAGGCGGACAAGAGCGACAAAGAAGAAGCCGAUGAUGAUUCUGACUCGGACGAAGAUGAAGAUGACGCCUCUGAUUCCGACUCGGAUUCGGACGCCGGCCACAAAUCCGGUGCAGCCCGAUUUUUGCGCGGCGACUCCUCAGAAAGUGAGGAGAGCGGCGACGAGAGAAGCAAGACGCUCAAGAGCGCCAAGGACAAGCGCCUCGGCGAACUUGAGGCCACGAUCAAGAGUAUUGAAAAUGGCCAGAAGAUCAAUGAUUGGGGUUCCAUUUCAAAUGAGCUUGACAAGCUCAACCGACAGGCCUCCAAGAUCGAGCGCGUGCCCAAGAUCUACAUCAAGACCUUGGUGGAGCUCGAGGAGUUCAUGAACGAGACUAUCUCCAAGCAGAAGACCACCCCGAAGAAAAUGAACGCCACCAACGCCCGUGGUCUGAACGCCGUCAAGCAAAAGCUCAAGAAGGUCACAAAGGACUAUCAGAAGCAGGUCGAUGCAUUCAAGAAGGAUGAGGAUGAGUUCAUGAAGUCGAGCGAGGACGAGGCCCCUGCGCCUAAGCCCAAGAAGGUCAAAUCGGAGGUCACCUUUGGUGAUCCUGUCGAUGAAGAUGACAAGCGUUUUGCUACCGUUGGAAAGGGCGGCAAGACGCUCCAGUUCACCCCCGAGAGCAUCUUCAAGCAUCUCCGCAGCAUCAUGGAGUCUCGCGGCAAAAAGAACACGGACCAUCUCGAACAGAUUCAAAUAAUGGAGAAGCUGUACGAAGUUGCUGUGACGCCCUACCAGCAGAUACGAGUUCUCCUAACUCUGGUUUCGGCGCGGUUCGAUCUCGGUACGGGCACUGCCACGACAUCGAUGCCCCUGGAGCAAUGGAAGGCUGCCGAGAAGGAUUUGUCCACUCUGUUUGAUGUGCUCGAGAAGAACCCGGAUCACAUCAUUAUUGAGAAUGCCGAGGAGUGGGAGGAUGACGAGAAGCCGCCCACGCUUCAAUCUGGGGACAAGUACCUUAAGGUGCCGGGAAGCAUCGUCUCGUACGUUGAGCGACUGGACGACGAGCUCACCCGGUCGCUGCAGAACAUCGACCCUCACACGUCAGAGUAUAUCGAACGUCUAACGGACGAGGCCUCGCUCUACAACGUCGUUUUCCGUGGUCUGCUCUAUUACGAGAACCUCCGCAAGGACUCCUCCUUGGAGAUUCCGCAAGACAGUGUGAACCGCAUCGUCAUGCGGCGGUUGGAACACGUUUACUUCAAGCCCGCCCAGGUCGUCAAGAUCCUUGAGGAGAAGGCCUGGAAGGCUGCACCCGCCGGCACCGAGUCUUUCAUCACCCCCCGCACUGACAACAUUGAUCCCACCAAUCUGCUCAACAUCCUCUGCAGUUACCUCUUUGCGAACAGUGAGGGCAUCAUCCGCGCCCGUGCCAUGCUGUGCCAGAUUUAUUUCUUGGCCUUGCAUGACGAAUACUACAAGGCUCGAGACAUGAUGCUCAUGUCCCAUUUGCAGGAGACUAUUAACAGCUUUGACGUCCUGACGCAGAUUCUCUACAACCGAACGCUUGUCCAAGUUGGUCUUUGCGCUUUCCGCAAGGGCUUGGUAUAUGAUGCGCAGAACACUUUGCAGGAGAUCUGUGGUAGUGGCCGGCAAAAGGAGCUACUUGCUCAGGGUGUCAUGAUUCAGCGAUACAGCCAGGUCUCGCCCGAACAGGAGAGGCUGGAGAAGCAACGACAACUGCCGUUCCACAUGCACAUUAACCUCGAGCUUCUCGAGUGUGUGUACCUGACGUGCAGCAUGCUUCUCGAAAUCCCACUGCUCGCACAGACGGGCUCAUCGCCAGACAUCAAGAAGCGCGUCAUCAGCAAGACGUACCGGAGAAUGCUCGAGUACCACGAGCGCCAGAUAUUCACGGGUCCACCUGAGAACACACGAGACCAUGUGAUGCAAGCGUCAAAAGCACUUGCGGCGGGCGAGUGGAAGAAGUCAAUUAACUUUGUUCACGCCAUCAAGAUUUGGGAUUUGAUGCCGAAUACGGAGGACAUUAAAUCAAUGCUCUCCAAGCAGAUCCAGGAGGAGGGUCUGCGAACCUACCUUUUCACAUACGCUCCCUUCUACGACACGCUAGCCAUUACGACGCUUUCUUCCAUGUUUGAGCUCGAGGAUCGCAAGGUAGCUGCCAUUAUUAGCAAGAUGAUAAGCCAUGAGGAACUUGCUGCUGCGCUUGACCAGGUAACAUCGACUGUCAUCUUCCGCAAGGGCGUUGAGCUCUCGCGUCUGCAGAGCUUGGCGCUUACUCUGUCGGACAAGGCGGCGGCCUUGAUUGAGACGAACGAGCGGACACUGGAGCACCGGACUCAAGGCACGGCUAACGCGUUCGACCGUCGUGGCCAGAACCAACGGGGUGGUCAAAGAGGCGGCGGCCAGCGUGGUAGAGGCGGUGGUAGAGGCGGGGGAUCAGGACCCCGACAGGCUGGUGGUACGCAGUUCACGGGCGGUGCACUGGGAAGUGCUUUGCGGGCUUAAAGGGAACAUAUUGAGGAUUCUCUCAUUUAUGUAUGUAAUGCAUUAGGAGUAGGCUGGUUUCAUGAACAAAAAACAACGACACGGGCAAGAGCCGGCAAUUCAUUUGAUCCACUGAGAGUUAUCUGGUCGUGGCUAGGAAUGGAAGGCGUCAGCCAUAGAGAAUUGAUAGCUCUUGGCCAAUCUGCAGCGAUGCCUUGAAACUACUGGCCAUUUGUAAAACCGGUGUCAAAAAGUCUGGCGCCCGCUUUAACCCUAUUCCUCUACGCGUCGCGUGAAGCUGAUAUCCUUACCCAACCACACCUACUUUUCAAUCAGCAUUUAUUCUACAUGGG